AUGAAGUGGGGCGAGCACAUCGGCGACCACGACUUCCUGCGCAACGCCGACGGCCGGCCGAGCCAGCUCCAGCGCGACCACGGCAAGCUCGUCAUCACGCUGGCGACGACGGGCAACAUCAACACGCGCGAGAACAACCCGGACCUGCCCUGCUCGCCCCGGGAGAUGGCCGACGACAUGCACGAGUGCAUCAAGCUCGGCGUGUCCGUGCUGCACAUCCACAGCCGCAACGAGCUGCUGAAGCCGACGAUGCGCGUCGACAAGUUCCGCGAGACCUGCCGCCUCGUCAAGGAGCGCGACCCCGACGUGAUCCUCCAGAUCUCCACCGGCGGCCGCGCGCCGCUGGACGGCGUCGACGUCGGCACGUGGCGCAUGGAUCCGCUGAACCUGUUGCCGGAGAUGGGGUCCUACACGCCCGGCUCCGUCAACCUCGGCCCCAUCGUCUACCAGAACGACGCCAAGCUCACGCGGGACAUGGCCAUCAAGUACCAGGAGCUCGGCAUCAAGCCGCAAAUCGAAGUCUUCGACACGAACAUGAUCUCGAACGCGCAGAACUUGGUCAAGCAGGGCCUGCUGACGCCGCCGCUCGAGUACGGCUUCGUCAUGGGCGCGCCCAACGCCCAGGAGUGCUCGCCGCGCCAGCUCGGCCACCUCCAGUCCAUGCUCAUGCCCGGCGACACGUGGACGGCCAUCGGCGUCGGGAAAUUCGAGAUGCCGCUCGCCUACAUGGCCAUCGCCGCGGGCGGCCACGUGCGCGUGGGCCUCGAGGACAACAACAAGCUGCCCGACGGCCGCGUCGCGACGAACUACGAGCUCGUGAAGCACGUCGUCGACAUGGCGAAGAUGAUGGGCCGGGAGAUCGCGACGCCGGCCGAGGCGCGCGAGAUCCUCAGCAUGGACCCGGCCAAAAUCGACCGCAUCGUGCCCCAGCUCGACCCGGCCAUGGACCUGCGGGACCUCGUGACGGACUACCACCCCUACAAAGACCUCGAGCCCAUCGGCGGCUGGUCGCUCGAGAUGCGGCCCACGGCGAGCCACCCGGAGCACCCGGACUACGCGCCCAAGGAGGUCGCCGUGGCGCGCUAG